AUGUCGCGGAACGAGUUUGUGAUGUGGGAAGCUGCCAAGCCUAUCCUCGGUCGACAUUCAUCAACGAGUACGACAAAUGCUCGUCGUUUUGUCGCUUUGUUUGGGACAACGCUCUAUGUUACCUCCGUCUUGUGGGCGAAACUCGAGCCCCACCCACGAGGCGGCCAACCAAGACACCUACUUUGGGCGCUCAUGUUCCUAAAAGUCUACGGGACGGAACAUGUACAUGCAACCAUUGCAGCCGUUGACGAAAAGACGUAUCGAAAGUGGUCAUGGAUGUACAUCAAAGCAUUUGAAGACCUAACGGAGGUUGUGUUCAACAAUCGGUUUGAUGAAGCACCGAUGGGAACAAACCUUUUCGUAUCACUAGAUGGAACCGACUGUCCAGUUCAGGAACCAUUUCCUUUCGACCCAUCCUGGUGGUCGCACAAGUUGAACCGAGCUGGGAUACGUUACGAAGUCGCUCUCGCGCGUGAUGUAUACGUGCUCGCGGUUAACGAAGUCAAAAAGCGCAACCUGACGAACAGCGAGCGCGAGGCCAUACUCCGUGAAGUGCUGCUGCACAGCAACAGCAGCUACUUGGUCACGCUUCCCAAUAACCUCAGUCAAACACUCGCAGCCAAGUACAACUAA